AAUCAAGGUUAUAUUAUUUAACCUUGUUUGGUUUAGGUGAUGAAUGAUUCCAAAGUUAUAUUUGAUUCCUGCCACAUCAGCAAAAAGGGGUUAUAUCCCGGAAUCAAAAAACCUCCAAAUCGUAAGGUUUUGGACGAUUCCGGGGUUAAGUAAAUUAUUUUCUCAAAUAUAACCUUCCUUCUUUGCUGUUUAUCUAGACACUUUUCUUCUUUUUUGGGGCAAAGCCUAGAGCAGCGGCGAUAAACCGGCGGCGGCAGACUUCGGCUUCGUCUCCCACUUUGUUUUCUUCGAACCAACGGCGACAGACUUCUCCGCCUUCUUCAUCGAAGCAGAUCUCGCUGCCGCCGCCGACACAAUCUAUAUAUAUUAUAGAAGAAGAUCUCAAAGCAGAUCUCGCUGCCGACACAAUCAGCCUUCUUCGCCUUCUUCAUCGAAGCAGAUCUCGCUGUCACCGACGACGCAAUCUUUAUAUAUUAUAGAAGAAGAUCUCGAAGCAGAUCUUGUUGCCGCUGCAGAGUUGUCCUUCCGCCUUCUUCAUCGAAGCAGAUCUCGCUGCCGACACAAUCAGCCUUCUUCGCCUUCUUCAUCGAAGCAGAUCUCGCUGUCACCGACGACGCAAUCUAUAUAUAUUAUAGAAGAAGAUCUCGAAGCAGAUCUUGUUGCCGCUGCAGAGUUGUCCUUCCGCCUUCUUCAUCGAAGCAGAUCUCGCUGCCGCCGCCUUCUUCACUUUUUCAUCUUUCCAUUGUAGGAGAUGAAAUCGACACCUUACCCAAAAAAACAAAAAUGCUUGUGAAAAGAAAUCGACGAUUUUUCCUACUUGUUUCCAUUGCUGAAAUCCUCUUCCUAAGCUGUGUUUGGAAUUGGAAGUGAUCCGUUGAUGCCUUAUUCUUGGCCGUUUAGUUUAGUUUGGGGAAGAUAACUAAAUAUUAAUAUUAAUAAUUUAUUUUAUUUUAUUUUAAAAACAUUAAUCAAAUAUUAAAUUAAUUUAACUAUAAAAAUAUCUAUUCAGGGUAUUAAAGUAAAUGUUAAAUUAGGUGAUACACUAAAACCUCCAACCAAACAAAUUUUUAUUACAUUAUUUAGGAUUGAACCAAACAAUAUUAGAUUAUGUUGUAUUCCCUAUAAUCUUGGUUAUGUGAUUACCUAGUAAUCACAUAACCAAGGUUAUAAAUGAUGACUUGAACCAAACGCACCUUAGGGUUGAGUGAAGGUACUUGGCGAGUUUGGCUGACAUCCGAUUCCAGUCGCCGUUACUUUUGGCACCAGGAGGACGUCGAGUGUGUUCUUCCCCUGCGUAGAGCGUCGCUGGUGCCACAGACUGGAAUGGUUACCUCUAAUCUCUUUUCCUCUAUCCUUGGCGCCGGCAAUUGAAAUUUCGCUUUCGUUGGAAAGAGUAUCUUCUCCGACAAGUUAAAGCAAAAUGUGUGAUUCAAAUGCCAGUGUUAGGUUCGAAACAGUAAUUAAUCUGUACAUUAGAAGUACUCAUAACUUUGGAUGUAUAGGCUGCUCAUUUCUUUUUUGUUUGGAUUUUGAACCUGCCAUUAGAUUGCAAGUUCAUCCUAGUAGCGUCUUCAUCUUUUAACAUGUUUUCUGCGUUAGAAAACUUGAGCAAAAUUUAGCUUUUGAUACAUUUAGUUAUGCUACUUGUAUGGUGAUUUCUCAAAUGUUCUUUUAAAACUUUGUUUUUUUGUUUUAUAACUCCUUGUCAUUUUAUCUUCCUCCAAUACCUGAACCUCUGAUUCUAUUUCCCUAGUUCUUGUUUGUACGCAUUCUAGGAUCUUGAUGUGAAUCUACAUUGUUGGUUCAAGCCUGACAUACUUGUCACCUGAACCUGGAUUUUGGUUCAAACCUGGUAUCAUCUGCUGUCCUGCAAUCGUAUGGGAGUGGAUAGUUUUUUACCUAAGCAUCUUAUUUUAACCAAAUUCUGGACUUGGGAGAAUAAGAUAGUCGAUCCCAUGGCCAGGCAUUGAACUGUUUGUAAUUCAAGGUUUAUACUUGUUUUUUUUUUUUUUGUUAAGGGGUUUUGGGGUUUGGAGUUAAAGGGGUUUAAUGCUUUCUGAGGUUCUCGACAAUCGGAAUUGUUUGGAGUUUAAACACAAAGGAGACUAAAAAUUAUGUUGAUUGCAUGACUGCUAAAUCAAAAUGAUUCACAAAUUGUUGAUACAGGGAAUAAUGUCUCAUCAAGUGGGUUUCAGAUUCUUUACUGAGCUAAUUAUGAUUGUAGAUUGAUUGCAUCACUGCCUCAUGUAGGCAUCACAUUGUCUUCUAAUAUAUCUCGAGCAAGUGUAGAAGUAGAAGAAUGGGUGAUGCAGGAUGUGAACAACCUGAACAGCCAGUUAAUGAUGGAAGAGAGGAACUGAACAUCCAAUCUAUUGGAAACCUUGAUCCUGCAAGGAGACUAGUCAAAGAUACUGAGUCCUGCCCCUUGUCGAAUCCUGAAUCUGAGGCAAUAACUUGUAAGCUGGUUAUGAAUGUGGAUGCUUCUGCUCAACCUAGUCGGAGGAUUCUUCCAUCUUCUUUAAUGGGAAAUGUUUCCCGAUCUGUAUUUAAACCUAGCUUAGGAAAUUAUAAACGACUUGUUGGUGGAAGGGUUCUACGUUCAUCUUUCGUUGGAGGAAACUCAUCUGAUACUUCAACAAGCUUUCAGCCACCAGCAUUUGUAGAAGUAAAAUCCCAUACCAAGAUGAAACCUGAGUCCCGCCCCUUGUCGAAUCCUGAAUCGGAGGCAAUAACUUGUAAGAUGGUUAUGAAUGUGGAUGCUUCUGCUCAACCUAGUCAGAGGAUUCUUCCAUUAUCUUUCAUGGGAAAUGUUUCCCGAUCUGUAUUUAAACCUAGCUUAGGAAAUUAUAAACGACUUGCUGGUGGAAGGGUUCUACGUUCAUCUUUCGUCGGAGGAAACUCAACUGAUACUUCAACAAGGUUUCAGCCACCAGCAUUUGUAGAAGUAAAAUCCCAUACCAAGAUGAAACCCGAGUCCCGCCCCUUGUUGAAUCCUGAAUCUGAGGCAAUAACCUGUAAGCUGGCUAUGAAAGUGGAUGCUUCUGCUCAACCUAGUCAGAGGAUUCUUCCAUCAUCUUUCAUGGGAAAUGUUUCCCGAUCUGUAUUUAAACCUAGCUUAGGAAAUUAUAAACGACUUGCUGGUGGAAGGGUUCUACGUUCAUCUUUCGUUGGAGGAAACUCAAUUGAUACUUCAACAAGACUUCAGCCAUCAGCAUUUGUAGAAGUAAAAUCCCAUACCAAGAUGAAACCUUCAGUAGAGAGUAUAGACAAUAAACAUUUGCUUGGAAGGGACAUUUCAUAUCGGCUGCUGCCUUCUUCAUUCCAUGGAAGAUCAGCCAACAUUAUGCAGCAACCAGGAAUAAGCAAUGAACAAAAGCACUUGGGAAUGGGAGAUGAUAGGCACAUUCGUGAUGAGAGGCAUAUAUAUCAAGAGGCAUUGCAGAACCUUGAUCAACCACAGAUUGAAGACGAUCUGCCAGACACUCUGUUGGCUGUUCCUCUCCUAAAGCACCAGAAAAUAGCCUUGGCUUGGAUGGUUCAAAAGGAGAAUAGUGUACAUUGUGCAGGCGGAAUACUUGCUGAUGAUCAGGGCCUUGGUAAGACAAUAUCGAUGAUUGCUCUAAUACAAAAGCAAAUAGCGGAACAGUUGAACUUCACAUCUGCCAAUUCUAGUUGUAUCAUGCCAGAAACAUUAAAUCUAGAUGAGGAUGGGGUUAGUGACUUGGCUAUGUCAAAGCAACAAACUGAGAGAAUGACUAAUUCACGUGUACACUCGUCAUCCCAAAACUCAAAACCGGCUGCUGGUACUCUUGUUGUAUGCCCUGCAAGUGUUCUUCGACAAUGGGCUCAAGAGCUAGAUGAGAAAGUUCCUGAAAGUGCAAAGUUGUCUGUUCUAAUAUACCAUGGAGGUACAAGGACAAAAGAUCCUAUGGAGUUAACAGAGUAUCAUGUUGUUCUAACCACCUAUUCAAUUGUUACUCAUGAAGUACCAACUCAUUUAUUGCCUUCUGAUGAUGAAAAGGAUGAGCUCACAUGCAACAAAAAAAGGAAAGCAGUUCCCAAAAAAGGGAACAAGCAGAAGAGAAAAGGGCAAAGAAAGAAAAAUUCGCAGCAUGAUAUUGGCAGUGGUCCCCUUUCAAGAGUUCGGUGGUUCAGGAUUAUACUAGAUGAGGUUCAAAUAAUAAAAAAUUUCAGAACACAAAUGUCUAGAUCUUGUUCUGGUCUUCGUGCUAAAAGAAGAUGGUGCUUAUCAGGGACACCGAUGCAGAAUUCAAUCGAUGACCUCUACAGCUACUUCCGCUUCUUGAAGUAUGAUCCGUAUACUGACUAUAGUUCUUUCUGUACCUCUAUAAAAUAUCCAAUUUCUACAAAUGCAAGCAGUGGAUAUAAGAAGCUUCAGGCUGUCUUUAAAGCUAUACUGCUUCGUCGCACCAAAGGUACACUAAUUAAUGGGGAGCCAAUUCUUAAACUACCUCCAAAAUCAAUCUUCCUUGAAAAGCUGGAUUUUUCGCAAGAGGAGAGACAAUUCUAUUUGCAACUAGAGGCUGAUUCACGAGAACAAUUCAAGGAAUAUGCCAAUGCUGGGACCUUGAAAAAAAAUUAUGCAAAUAUUCUAUUGCUGCUUUUGCGACUUAGGCAAGCCUGUGAUCACCCCAUUCUUGUCAAAGGGUUCCAUUCAAAUACCAGUGGAAAGAACUCAAUGCCUAUGGAGCAGCAUCUUUCCAGGAAGACGAUUGUCCAUUUGCUUAAUCAGUUAGAAAGUUCUCUCGGAAUUUGUGAUUUGUGCAGUGACCUAGCCGAGGAUGCUGUUGUCACAAUGUGUGGGCAUGUCUUUUGCUAUCAGUGUGUGUCUGAACAUUUAACUGGUGAUGACAACUUGUGUCCUGCAACCGACUGUAGUAAUACUAUUGGUUAUGAUUCAUUUUUUUCACGAGAUAUAUUGAAGAGAUUAAUUUCUGAUGAUGAUACUGAUGAAGCUUCAACCCGCUAUACUUGUGAUCCAGAAUCAGUCACCCACGGUCAUUACAUCUCUUCCAAAACUAAAGCCGUUCUAGAUAUCCUGAUGUCAAUCUCUGGUUCAAAUACCAAAAUUGUUGAUAAUCUUGCAAAUUCCACUAAUUUCAAACCUAAUCAGUUAAACCUAAAUCCUAAAGUGCCCGAAAAGGUCCUUAUUUUUUCCCAGUGGAAUGGCAUGCUGGACUUGCUUGAGUUUUCAUUGGAUAAGUAUUUUAUACAGUAUAGGAGGCUAGAUGGGACAAUGUCUCUUACUUCAAGAGACAAGGCUGUGAAAGACUUCAAUAGUGACCCAGAGGUAACUGUUAUGCUAAUGUCACUAAAAGCGGGAAGUCUUGGCCUGAAUAUGGUUGUUGCACGUCAUGUGAUUCUUCUUGAUCUUUGGUGGAAUCCAACUACUGAAGAGCAAGCCAUUGACCGAGUGCAUCGAAUUGGACAAACCCAUCCAGUAAAGGUGUCACGAAUAACUAUAAAAGAUACAGUUGAAGAUCGUAUAUUGGCUCUUCAGGAGAAGAAAAGGAAGAUGAUUUCUUCUGCUUUUGGAGAUGACCACGGUGUCAAUAAAGCUAGUCAGCUCAGCGUGGAAGAUCUAAAAUACCUGUUUAACUUCUUCAAUGACUGAGUUUCGUGUGGAUUACAGUAUCUAAUUUUGAUCGUUUUGCGUACGCAAGAAUCGAGAUCUGGGGAAAUUUUGUUGGAAGAUGUGCUCCUGUCACGCAACCAGUUUAUCCCUUCCCCGCGAUUAGAGGUUCUGGUAAAAUCAUGAAACUGGCAUCCUAGGACUGAUGGGGCGUGAUCUACUGUAAAUAUAAAUUUUGCAGCCAGUUUUGUGUGGGUUCACAGUUUUUUACUAGAUAACAGUGAUGAUUAUUCA